UUCUCUGUAGAUGUUAAUACCUUUUUUCUGCAGUGUGGCUCUUCAAAUAUGUUAAGUAACAUAAAUGGCAGUAGACAGGGAAAAAUGUUUUUCUGCAUUGACAUUUUUGGCAACAAAUCCUCUUCUCAGGAAUUUCAUUGUUCGCAAGGGGGGGAAAUGAAUCUACAAAGAAGCUCAGCUAGUCGUAAUAAGAUGAUUAUUACACAUCUUUAUAUCCCACUUGAUAGUUGGUAUAUCUUAAUUCUUUCUUUAAAACUGUGAAAAAGAAAAUCAGACCAAAUAAUCUGUCAUUUGUGGGUUUGGUAUCUAAGCAUAAAAUGCGUUUAGGCGCUUGGUGUCAUAGCAUAAAGUGCAGGGAAGAUUUCGUUCUUAAAUACAUGACUCCUUCGUGGCUCUUGCAAAUGCGAACGUCACUUCUUCAAAUCUCUAAUAAUGUUUUGAGGCACAAAAAGCUGCUAACAGUCAUUUUUGACAUCUGUGACUUAGUUUAGUAAGGGAGUACUAGUUAAUAUAGUGUGUAUCACUGGAAUUAAUAUACAGGAACUGCCUAAGUAGCUCCUUCAUUGUGUGAUGUUUCUUAGUCACAGCUCUCUGUACAUUGGUCUAAUCACUACUGUAGAUUCCCAGCAUCAUUUAUUAUUUGAUUAAUAUGUAAUUUCUUUCUCAGAUUCAUCAGUAAUAUCAUCACAACACCCAGACUCUUGUAUUCCACUUCCUUCCUUUCCUCACCAAUGCACAGCAACUAAUUUCUUUCAUUUUUGGCACAUCAUAGUUUAAUAUUUACCCGUGGUAGCUUGGUACCAAAGGAACAAUUAUUUCCUAAUCACUUGCCUUCGGGGGGUUCUCCACUUGUGUCUGGGGAGAAAGGGCAGUUUGGGAGCGUGUCUGUGUUUCCUUUGUAAGGACAGCCCUGUUGUUAGGGCAGGGCACUGUGUGUUGAAUUCUAAUGCCUCGGUGCAAGAGCCAGCCUGUUUGGAAGGGGCAGCGUGGGAGGUGUUGGCUGCGAGCAGCAGAGUCCCAGCCUGGGGCUCCCUGGGAGUGAGGAGCUCUGGCUGCUGUCCGGACCAUGCCCAUGGGGAACGCAGCCGUCCAGCGCCGGAGCCAGGGUGAUACACCUCAUCCCCCCGGUACCCACCGGCCUGCUUUGCUUAGCAGCCAGGGAGUUCAGGUUUGCUGGUCCUCUGAUACAUUUCAGAAUGCCGCUGGUAAAAAGGAACAUAGACCCCAGGCACUUGUGCCACACAGCUCUGCCCCGAGGUAUCAAGAAUGAGUUGGAAUGUGUCACCAAUAUUUCCUUGGCAAAUAUAAUCAGACAGCUGAGUAGCCUAAGUAAAUAUGCUGAAGAUAUAUUUGGUGAACUUUUCAAUGAAGCACACAGUUUCUCAUUUAGAGUCAACUCCUUACAAGAACGUGUAGAUCGCCUGUCUGUCAGUGUUACACAACUCGAUCCAAAGGAAGAGGAAUUGUCACUGCAGGACAUUACAAUGAGAAAAGCUUUCCGGAGUUCCACGAUUCAAGACCAACAGCUGUUUGACCGUAAAACUCUGCCAAUUCCUUUGCAAGAAACUUACGACAUUUGUGAACAGCCUCCUCCACUUAACAUUCUCACCCCUUACAGGGAUGAUGGAAAAGAGGGUUUGAAGUUCUAUACCAAUCCUUCAUAUUUCUUUGAUCUGUGGAAGGAAAAAAUGUUGCAGGACACAGAGGACAAAAGAAAAGAAAAGAGGAAGCAGAAGCAGAAAAAUCUAGAUCGCCCUCACGAACCAGAGAAAGUGCCAAGGGCACCUCAUGACAGACGGAGAGAGUGGCAGAAGUUAGCCCAAGGUCCAGAGCUCGCAGAAGACGAUGCUAAUCUCUUACAUAAGCACAUUGAAGUUGCUAAUGGCCCAGCUUCACAUUUUGAAUCAAGAUCUCAAGCAUACGUGGACCACAUCGACGGAUCGUAUUCCCUUUCCGCCUUGCCCUACAGCCAGAUGUCUGAGCUCCUGAGCAGAGCCGAGGAGCGCGUGCUGGUCAGGCCCCACGAGCCGCCGCCGCCUCCCCCCAUGCACGGAGCCGCCGAAGUGAAGCCUGUGCCUCCCUGCGUUAGUUCUACUCCUGGCUUGGUAGAAAAUCGUCCUCAGUCACCAGCAACAGGCAGAACACCGGUGUUUGUGAGCCCCACUCCUCCUCCUCCACCACCACCACCUCUUCCAUCUGCUUUGUCGACUUCAUCACUAAGAGCUGCAAUGACUUCCACCCCUCCGCCCCCAGUCCCACCCCCACCGCCCCCUCCCACAGCUGCUCUGCAGGCCCCAGCUGUGCCACCUCCGCCAGCUCCUCUCCAGAUAGCUCCUGGCGUUCUUCAUCCAGCUCCGCCUCCAGUUGCUCCUCCCCUCGCACAACCCUCUCCCCCUGUCACCAGAGCCGCCCAAGUGUGCGAAGCUCUACCUGUUCACCCAGUUCCUCCACAAGCUGAAGUACAGGGACUUCCUCCGCCACCCCCACCUCCUCCCCUGCCACCUCCUGGCAUUCGACCCUCCUCCCCUGUCACAGUUGCAAACCUUUCUCACCCUCCUCCUGUUCUGCACCCUCCUCCCACAACCAUUGUCCCUGGCCCUCAUGCACCCAUAAUGCCUCCAUCUCCACCAUCCCAAGUGAUUCCUGCUCCUGAGCCCAAACGCCAUCCUUCAACUCUUCCUGUGAUCAGUGAUGCUAGAAGCGUUCUGCUGGAAGCAAUACGGAAAGGUAUUCAGCUCCGCAAAGUCGAAGAGCAGCGGGAACAAGAAGCUAAGCACGAGCGCAUUGAGAAUGAUGUUGCCACCAUCCUCUCCCGUCGCAUUGCUGUGGAAUACAGUGAUUCAGAAGAUGAUUCAGAAUUUGAUGAAGUAGACUGGCUAGAGUAAAAUUAUUACAUUGCUGUACACUGCAAAAUCGAAUGCUAAUGUCCAUUGUGGUGCUUGUUCUUUGGAAGUUUGAUAGUCAUUUCUAGUGUUUUUUGUAUUCUUUUCUUAACAUAAUUAAUCCAUGUUUUUCUACUUUUCAGUUUACAAAGAGCUCCUAGUGCAUCUUCAAAACUAAAUGUUUUACAGUGGCUUUUCUUACACAUCUCUUUUGAAAGAACAUUCUUUGUUCCAAUAGACCACUAAGUAUUAAGCAUGGGCAGCUGUUGGUAGAGUAGCAGUUUCAAUUUUUUGGCAUAUCUUAACUGUGCACUUUGUGAAUUUUAAGUUGAUGAAGGCAACUGAGAUUGACAUUCCAAGGGCAGCUGUAUGUACUAAUGAGCCUUAUUCCACUUCUGAUAGUGUUUUAAAACAUUAAACCUAGCUAUCAAGAUAUCACUGCCUCGAUCACACCUGUACACUAAAAGUACAUAUAGUUAGCAGCACUGAACACACUGAAAAGCAAAUGGAUCUUUGGGGGGGUUUAUUAUUGUUUUAUUGUUGUUUUUAAAUAAUUAUGGCCUUAUUUGAAUGUUUAGAGAUUCCCCUUCCCUUCUUCCCUCCCAGGUACAUAUUGUGUGGUACUAUUUUUGCCUGCAUAAUAAAAGUUUAAAGUUUUUUUUUUUUCCUUGUGAAAUCUUUUGACUUAAACAUGCUGUGUAACUUAUGUAACUGUUAAAAUAACAGUUUGAUUUAAUAAAUGGUUCAUUUUAAAUGUU